UUCUCUUCUCAAAUCCCCAGUUUUUCACUCUCAAAUCUUCAAUCCUUCUCUCUCAGAUCUUUUCUUCCAUUUGAAGAUUCGAUCUCUUCUUUCCUCUGAACUUUCAGAUCUCCAAUACCCCUUCAUCGACCUUAAUCCUUCUAAGGUCAAUCUCCCACAAACACUCAACAACUUCGUUCUUCAAUUUACACUUCCUCUCAACUCAUCACCAUGGAACCACGAACUCUGCAACUAAUGGAGCUACAAACCCAGCAACAAAUCGAGGAUGGAGGAAACAACCAAGCAGCCGGGAGUAGUGCCAACACAGAUUUCUGGCGAAGCCGUGCCAGGUGGGUUCCUACUCCAGAUCAAAUAAGGAUCCUCAGGGAUCUUUACUACGACAAGGGAGUUAAGACCCCAACUACAGAGCAGAUUCACGAGAUCUGUCUCCAGCUGCAACAGUAUGGACAGGUUGAGGGCAAGAACAUUUAUUUUUGGUUCCAGAAUGUCAGGGCUCGAGAGAAGCAGAUGAAGAGGUGCAAUCAGGCUGCUCAAGUGCCCAUGGGAACUAGUUCUCCUGGUACUGGUGGAUCCAUUGAUCUCAAUUUUGGGUCCACUGGUUCUACUGGUGCUGGUGGAUCCAUCGACAUCAAUUUUGGGCCAGCUGGUGGAUCCAUUGACAUCAAUUUUGGGUCCACUAGUUCUACUGAUGAUGGUAGAUCCAUUAAUCUCAAUUUUGGUUCCACCGAUUCUACUGGAGGACAAACAUCCCUGCAACAACGAGGAGGAGAUCACCAGGAGGUUGAAACUCUUCCUCUGUUCCCCGUGCACGGCGAGGACGUCUUUGGUAACCCGAAGACUACUUCUGAGGAAGGUAGCGCAUUUGGUUACUAUUCUGGUGGCUCAGGCGGUUACAACAGUGGCUCUAACGUUUCUCUUGAGCUCAGCCUCAAUCCAUCCGGAGCUGCUGACUAGGCUUAGCAUAGCAUAGUCCUCGUUUUCCUUUUUGUAAUAUAAAAUCAAUAAGAUUGCAUGCAUGUCGUUUCUUCUUUUUGUUAAACCAACAACAACACCAAGGAUCAACCUUGGUCACCUAAUACUAUUUUCAAAACCAUUGACAACUCUGCUGCACACAUCAAUCAUAAUGAUUUAUCACAAACAAUCAAUUAAGUUGCACAGAGGUCUAGCUAGCAUCCUUAGAGUCAAACCAAACACAACAAUUUUGUCGUUAGAAUUAGGGUUUAAUAAAGCUAAACACAUCCUGAGUUAGCUAGGAAAAACCCACAUCCUUAGAGUUACUCAUACAAAUCUUAUAAAAUCUCAACCAUUUCCUCUAUUAAUUUCUCCAUUAAACUUACCACAAUUCAUACCCUAUGAAUUUACGAUUUAGAAACCGAAUCAAACUCCAUAUCGCAUAGUAAUUCACUUGAACCACUAUGGAUACCCAACAAUGUCACUACAAUCAAUACCCAAAAUUGCACUUAACCAUUUCUCCUAAAAUCCAUCACCACAGAAACACACCCUCAUCUAAUAACAUUUACAGAGAGUUGACUCUAAAUCUCCCCAUUAAUUACCGACCAAGAUCAAAUUCCAUUUCAAAACUUUAAGUGUCCCGCCUACUUAAACUUAAAACACAACAACCUCAAAUUCACUUCAGUCCAACUCCAUACUACGAUCCAAAACUUAAGAAAACUAGUUCACAAAAUCAAUUUCCUUCACUUAAAUAAAACUAUGUCCACAAGUCAUAGUCAGGUCAACAGACCAAGGUGUCCAAACGGAGAAUUUCCAAUCCAGUUGUCUUUGUGAAACGCAAAAUAUCAAUCAAAAAUGAUGCUCGCAAUAUCAACCACGUAUACAAAACAUGUUCCUCGGAUCUCGAUUUAAAUUUAGAAAUACCAAAACUACCACUAGUCCCACUUCAAAUAGCCCUUAAGAUUGUAGGUACUCGGAGAGAACUCAAAUAUAUAGUCGUUCGUCUCAAUCACUCAAACACGAGAUCAAACUCCGUUCUCGCAUCUCAAACUCUGCUCAACAACUUACAAGCACAUGGAAGAAUUAACCACAAUAAUUUCUUCCCUAACCGCAACACUACUCACAACUCCACAUGAGUCUAGAAUCUAUUCAAAUGCAUCUGUAUGUCCAACUUAAGAAGGCAAAAUUACUAUCAAUUAAUACUCGUAUCCACAUCAGAUACAAGCAUAGGUUCACACCAUGCCUUCAA